AUGUCCAGCUCAACCAAGCCAAUAACCUUCAUCAUGAACGACAUCAUCAUCACCCAUGACAAGCUGGGCGCGAUCAAAUGUCUCCAUAAUCCUGCUGCAUCGCUGCUGAAAAUCCAAGGUUUACCGUAUGGCACAAUCCCGCAGCGCUUCGCCCGAUCCAAGGUAGUGCGGCAUUUCAACGACACCGAGAAUGCGCGUCAUGUGAACGGCGUCUUCGACGCCUCUAAGCCAGGUGCAUCCAGCAUCCAGCCGUGGGGAAGCGUGCAGUCCGAUGCGGAGAGCAUACCUCUACCAACUGAUAACCUAAAAGACAACGAAGGACAGUCAGAAGACUGCCUCAACCUCUCGAUUCAUCUUCCACUAGCAUGUCUGGAUGAAGACAACAAUUUACGAAAAGACGCACAUGUCCCAAUUCUCGUAUUCAUCCAUGGGGGCGCGUUUAUCGUGGGGUCUGGAAACAGACCUUACUACAAUCCAGCCAAUCUCGUACAACAUGCGCACAAUCGCGGUACUCCCAUUAUCUUUGUGGCGAUCAACUAUCGACUUGGAGCCUUGGGUUUCUGGCAUAGCAAUCGAGUCGCGGACCUUCUGCCCGAAAACAAUGGACUUUAUGAUCAGGAAAUUGCGUUCGAGUGGUUGCGAGAUAAUAUGACAGGAUUCGGUGGUGACAUAAGCAAUGUCACAAUCAUUGGCCAGAACCGUUGUUCAAGCGCGCAAUUCUGCUUUCAGGUACUGCAGUAA